GGUGGCAACCGAGGUGGCUGGGAGGGUCGAGGCGGCAAACUCAACUUUCCCAACACCAGUGUGUGUCUACCUCUUGUGAGAUAUACAACCAGCCUUCCACUGCCCUCCUCAUCCUUCGUCUACUACACCACUCCCCCCAAAGCAGGUCAAAAUGAAGUUCUGGCUGGUAUUGGCUUUGUUUGGGCUGGUGGCUCUGACAGUGUGUGUGCAUGCAGAGGAACAAGAUGCAUCGCCAGAGCCAGAGAGUGAGCCUGAGCCAGAAGUAACACCUGAGCCUACCCCGAAAGACCAUGAACAUGACCCCUCAAAGGAUGAUGCUGAAGGUGCUGCUGCAGAGCCUACAUCAGAGCCAGCUACCAGAAAUGUGGACGAAGAAGUAGAGGAUGAUGUAGGUGAGGAGGUAGAGAAUGAAGUAGAGGAUAAGGAAGGAGAGGAGGAUAUGGGGGAUGAGUAUAAGGAUGGAGAGUCGGGAGCGCCCUCCACAGAAGCCCAGGAUUCGCCAGGCCGUAGUGGUUCCUCCGUGGCUAGCUUGUAUCUUCCAGCACUGUUCUCUGGUGCUCUUGUUGCACUCAAGUUACUUCACUGAAGAGAACCUCCAACCUUCAGAGUAUCAUCGAAAGGCCUUAUAUAAAUAUGUGUAUGUAUCAGAAUAUUAGGAACAUAACUGGUAGGUAAAAGUACAAGAAAAUUUUGGAAUUAAUAUACAGUAUUAGACAGUUCUUAGUUAAUUUUUCUAAUGAAAUUCACAAAUCAUUUUAUCAGAAAGAACCAGUUAAAAAUACAUGGCAUGUAUUGUCUAUUUUUAUUUUAAACAUUUAGGGCUUUCCGAUGCUAGUAACUGUAAAGAUCUUGUAAAUUGCUUUAGAUUUCCUUUGUUGGCCACUUUUAACUGCAACUUUGAUACCUAUUAAAGUUAAUCAUUAUAAGAUAUAUA